UGGGGUUGGCGUGGCGCGGAGGGUUGGCUCCGGCCUCGUAAUCGCAUCGCAUGCAGUGGCCUGGCGUGAGUUCGCGCGAGCACGUCGUAUUGGUAGUCGCUACACCCGGUUUGGAGGGACGUUUGUGUUUGAAUCUUGCACCGCGAGGUCUGCAGCGCGUUCCGUGGAUCAUCUCGCCAUCGUUGUCGUCUCUCUCUUUCUCUCUCUCUCUCUCUCUCUCCUCUUUUUCUCACGUUCCCUUUCGUCCGCCCUCACGCACGCGGGACAUUAUGCUCGCGGUCGACAAGCGCGUCCGCGUUACUCCCGAUAGAAACGGCGUCCUUAUCAACGGUGAGGCUGCGAACGAGUCCCGAUCAGCUGACCGCGCGGAGAGCCUUUGACACCCUGGUGGUCAGCUCGAUCUUUAGCGCGACUUUAUUGUCAUUAGUGGUGGAAUAUAGUCGAUCGUAGGAACAACUCGCGUCUUCGAAAGGUGUAACGGAAGCAUUCUUAUCCCUACUUCUCACCUUCCCACUCUCAAAGUCUCACAUCUUGUCCCGACCUAAAUCUCUGUAGAUCACUUCGUUCACACAAGGAUCUCACCCUGCUCUGCGAGAACUAUUCUCGCAAGUGGAGUGUCGAUCGCGAUCUCGAAAGUGUGAACUUACUCGGUAUAAAGAAUCUCUCCCUCUUCUUUGUCCCUCUUUGUUCCCUCUCGUCUUUGUAUUCGUCUACUCGGAAACGAAUCGUCCUCCUCUUCUUUUCAUUUGGCGCCGUCGGAGAUCUUGAUAGCGCUUGGAAUCGAAUUCGAGAGUUUCUCCGAGAGGGGAGAGAGAUGGAAGCCGCCGUCGGUUUGAACCAUGCGGGAAUUGUCACCUACGCGACAACGACGGUAAGCGGGACAAUGCGCCGUUAAGAACGACUGUAAAACUACGAAAGAGCAAGCUAAGAAAGAAAAAACCGAGAGAGAGAGAGAGAGGGGGGAGGAGAGAAUUAUGCCGGACAAAAAUCCCGGCUGUCGAAAUGGACAACGCGAAAAUAAAGAUUUCCUUGCCGGCGAAAUAUCAUCCAUCGGCAUGUCGUUGCAGCCCAGCGGGAGCGCAUCCUCCGGCAUCUCGACUCUCGCGAGUUGCGGCGAGGUGAAUGCGCUGCCCGAACUGCCGGCGCAAGAUGAGGAACGUCUGCAGCGCGCUGCGCGUCUGCUGCAACAGAGACUGGUGCUACGUCAAUGGCUAAUGGAUCAUGGCCUACAUAAUUAUUAUCAAAAGUUGAUGCAAAUGGAAGUUAUGUCCCUGGAGGAUGUAUACUGGGUGGAGGACAAUGCGGCACGGGCGGCCCUUGGCAAGGAUCUCCCACGAUGGACCGAGGCUAGACAGUCGUUACCUACUUCAAAAGAAGAUUUGGAAACUCUCAAAGCGGAUCUGUGGAGUGCUGUUGUAAAGAACAGUCAACAUCAGGAUGCUUGGACAUGGGGCGGUAUGUUGGUGGUUUCUGUGUCGGUGGCAGGGCUGGUUACCCUGGCUGCUAUGACGCAGCCCGCUCUGGCACCCGAAGCGAAACACUCUCUUCUGCAGUACGUCACAGGGAAAUAUUUAUUGCCGAGUAACUGCCGCGUUCAUUUCGAGUGGGAAGAGCCUCAGCUGGUCGGCGAAACGAUGACUUUUACGGUCAAAUUUUAUCAGCGCAACGGUCAACCGUACCCGAUAUGUGACAAAGACAAUUUGAUCGUGGAGGUAACGGAGGAUACGCGCAGAGUAGCUACGCUAAUAGAAUUGGGAGGCACUGACCCCUUAGCUGCAAAUACUGCAGUAGUAAAGUUUACUGUCCGCCAUGCGGGACAAUAUCGAAUAGCUGUACUUAUUGGAUCGUGUCAUGUUCAUGGCAGUCCAUUUCUUAAAAAUUUCCUUCCUGGUCCACCAGAUCCAAACAAGACAGUCUUUGUACGACAAAGUUCUACAGUCGUUUGUACAGCUGGAAUCGCCCAUUCGAUGACAAUAGAGCCACGUGACGAAUAUGACAAUCUGUGCAUAUUUGGGCCCGGAGAGCAGCCUACGGAAGGCUAUAAUGUCAAUAUUACCCAGAUUGGUAGCAUAGUAGAUAAAGGAUCGAUGAUAGACUGUAGCAUUCAGCUCGACUAUGAUUCUUCAAACCAAAGAAUUCGUUUAAAAGUGAGCUUUCCGAAAGGCGGAUGUUAUCAUGCAACCGUUAGCUUAGCAGGAUUGCAACUGCAUAAUGGAGAUUUCGAUAUCAUUGUGCUCGAGAAUUCUGUCGCGAGAAUGGUGCAUAAUAACGUAGCAUCUAAGGAUCCCGAUAUCUGUUACGUUGCGAAGUUGCUAGGCAUGCAGGGGGAAAGAUUUUCUAAACCAAAGAAGGUCUUCUGCUUCAUCUCGCCUAAGCAACUUACAAUUAAGGAAUAUUUAUUAAAAUUUAUUCCCAAGAGACUCGUGACAUUUAGACUGUGCCCUUCGACUAAGUUCCAUUUUGAAAGUUCGACUAAUCAACACGAAGGAUAUUACCCGUUCUCGAUAGACGACGGAUGUCAACCUCCCGUAGAAUUAAUAUCUCUGUAUCGUGAUAUAAUAGCCGCCACUUUUACUUUGUUUCUCCUGAAAAACAUCGGCGGUAGUGAAACAUUCGCUGAUAAACAAGAUUUUUUCUAUCACGAGGUCCGUAAGCAUCACCAGAAACAUUAUCACGAGAAACUCUCAAUGAAAGUGCAACGUGAUAAGCUUUUAGAAUCGUCUAUGAAAGCUACUAAAGGAUUUUCCGUGAGCGACUGGUGCCGGAAUUUUGAGAUCACUUUCCAAGGCGAGCAAGGUGUUGAUUGGGGUGGCGUGCGACGUGAAUGGUUCGAAUUGAUAUGCGCCGCGUUGUUCGAUCCGGGGAACGGUUUGUUCGCAUCGUUUGGAGAAUCGCAACAGGCACUGGUGCAUCCAAAUCCCAAACGACCACCGCAUCUUAAAUUGAAGCACUAUGAGUUUGCCGGACGUAUCGUAGGAAAGUGUCUUUACGAAUCGGCGCUCGGCGGCUCCUAUCGUCAGUUAGUACGUGCGCGAUUCACCAGAUCAUUUCUCGCACAAAUUAUAGGACUUAGAGUGCAUUACAAGUAUUUCGAGCAAGACGAUCCUGAUCUAUAUUUAAGCAAGGUGAAAUACAUUCUCGAAAACGAUGUUGAAGAAAUGGAAUUAUAUUUCGUUGAAGAGGAAUAUGAUAAGGAUGGACAGUUAUUGAAGGUGGCAGAAUUAAUUCCCGGUGGUAGCAAAAUCCGAGUGACCAACGAUACGAAGCUUCGUUACCUGGAUGCGCUCGCUCAGCACCGGCUUGCCAGUUCCAUCCGCAACGAAGUCGAUCAUUUCCUGCGCGGUCUCAACGAACUGAUUCCCGACAACCUCUUAGGCAUAUUCGAUGAAAAUGAGUUGGAGUUGUUAUUGUGUGGAACCGGCGAGUACAGCGUGGCAGAUUUACGCGCGCAUCACAUAGCUAACGGAAGUUCUCCAGAAUUUCUUCGAGUGCUCGACUGGUUCUGGACGGCGGUGAGCAAUUUUACACAGGAGGAGAUGGCCCGAUUGCUCCAGUUCACCACGGGCUGCUCGCAAUUGCCGCCCGGUGGAUUUCAACAAUUGAGUCCUCGUUUUCAGAUUACGGCUGCACCGACAUUCGCUAAUUUGCCUACAGCACAUACUUGCUUUAACCAACUCUGCUUACCUGAUUACGAGUGCUACGAUCACUUCGAACGAGCGUUGCUGUUGGCAAUCAGCGAGGGCACCGAAGGUUUCGGCAUGAUCUAAAUCGGGACACCAUAAGAUCCAUCGAACUUCUAGUCUGACUAGAAUCGUUGAUUGAAUCAAUUUAUGUAUCCAUUUUUUCUUCGAUAGCGAAACCCAUUCUCUAAGGUAAAAAAAAAAAAUCACGUCUUUUCGAUAAUAGAUUCUAUUACGAGUUUAUCGCAUAGUAACUUCCUGCCGUCAGCGAGGUCAGGAAGAGAGGGUAACUUUACCGCACGUUUUGAUAUGUAGACGAUUAGAAUUUUUGGAAUUACCUUUUUUCUGUUACGCCGAAGACUAUCAGGAACAAUCUAAUCUUCCGACGAUGUAGACGAUGCAAUUUCUACUGAGCCGCGAUGACGUUUUUAUAAAACGGUAAAUAUUCAGCAAGAGCAAUGUUACCUCAACAUCAGAAUUGCUCAAUAUUAUUGUAUCGAGAUUUAGCAUAGCGAAACUUAUGAUAGAUUGAACGUAAAGAGAAUUACAUUAACACGUUCCUCGUACGACGAUGUAGCUGAAGACGCUCUACAAGAAUAUACGAUACAACAAAUCAAAAUAUACGCAUGAAUAAUUUUUUUUUUGCAGUAACUGUUGUAUAUAAUUCGUUAUAUAUAAUAAGUGUGGAGAUUGGAGCAUUUGAUGAAGGGAUCACUGUAACAGCACAUUGAACGUUCCGUUAAUCAGUAUUAGUUCAAAUACAUUCUGUCGCGUAAUGCGUGAUCUUAACAGAACUUGAAGAAUGAUAAAUAAUGAGGCUUGGAAUAAUAUGUUAAAGCUUUGUGCUAGUUUAAUUUUUUUUUUUUUUUUUAGUUUUUUCUCAAUAGUAAUAACAGCAUGGCGAAAUUACGGUACUUCCAACGUCGAUGAUGGCGCGGAUGUAAUAUAAGCUAAUUAGUAUGUACAUCCAGUACAAAUUAUGAUUGUAUUCUGAGACACUACGUAUUACAUCUAUUUCUUAUCAGCGCAAAAUAUUCGCGAUAAUAAGCAUGAUUACCUAGUCAUAACGAAAUACUGCGAUCGUACUGUGAACAUCGCAUUCUGGUAUACGUAUUUAUUUAAGGUGCAAUAAUAUGUACUUAUAUUUAAGUAGAGAAGGAAUAGUAUGAAACGUAGCAAUCGCCAUAGCAGAUUAUUUGUUGCAAAAUAAUGAACAAACGGCCAACGAUCGUAAACCGUACUGCGCCUCGCAAUAGCAAAAAACUAACCGCCUCGCCAGUUUAUCUAUCGUCAAAUAAUACUGACAGUAAUUUAUUUUUAUCAGUUUAUCAGUUUAUGUGAAGAAAAUUAAAAAAAUAUAGAUUAAAAA